UACCCCUUCUGCGGGUUCGCCCAAAGACACUUCCGGCCUUCCCCUCUCAUGUCUGAAACGCUUGCCUUCAUCACCGAAUCGUCGCGAUACAGUCGCAAUUUGAGCUAACCGGGAAGGCAACGGUGGGAUCGCGGCCUACAGAGACCCGAAACUCCCAUCUUUCUUCUCCUUCCGCACUGCUCCAACCUGAAACCAUGGAGGCAGAUGGACGAAGGUAACCCUUUUCGCGCCAAUCGCCAUAGUACAACCAGUAACCCUGCUUUGCUCCCGCUCCAACUCCUAGUUGCCGAAGUCAAGAUCCGAGAAAUUUCUGAUGUAAGAGAUAGCCAUACGUACCUCAAGUGCUUGAGGGUGUUACGGCUGCUUUUUCAUGUAUGCUAGAGCAUGCCUAUCCAUUCUCUACCUCGGAUAUUUGAGUUUUUCUUAACCUAAUCAAAUCCAAUUCAUUGGAAGAGAAGGUAUCUGUUCCAUGGCUGUUAGAAUUGAUGUUAAUUGCUUCCAUGGAAUUUUUUCACACACCUCUUCCUGGAACUUUGAUUAUAGAUCCAAACACCUUCUGUUUAGAACCCCUGCUGCAGUUCACAUUAAAAAUUACUCCAACCUUCAUAAUCCUAGAAGCGAACUCUCCAUAAGGCAAGAUAUUAUCCUUACUCCACAGGAGAAUGUUAUUUACUCAAAAGUAGAUCAUGACAAUAAAGUCAACUAUAAUAGUUUUGGAAAGGUUAUUGCUUCCAAGUCCACGCGCCUUAUGAAGAAGAAUAAUACUUUUUUUUCUGAUGGUUAUUUUUUAAACUACGAUGAGCAAUCCAACAACAACUUCUUAAGUCACUAUUGUCAGAACGGUAAGCUGGUUGAAGCAUGCCAUCUUAUUGAUGUUAUGGCACGAUAUGGGCAGAUCCCUGACUUUGAGUGCUCUGUAAACCUAAUCAGAGGAUUGGUAAAUGUUGAGCGAGUGGAGAAAGCGGGCAAAGUUCUUAAAGUCAUGGUUAUGUCUGGUGGAAUUCCUGAUAUUAUAACUUACAACAAAUUAAUUGGCGGGUUUUGCAAAAGAGGGCAACUUUCUUCUGCUAUCGAUCUUGUUGAAGACAUGAGCUUUACUGGUUGUCCUCCUGAUGUCAUAACCUUCAAUACAUUAUUCCGGUGCAUGUUUAGUGAAGGGAGGUAUGAGGAAGCAAUUUGGUUUUGGAGAAAUCAUCUGAGAAAAGGUUAUCCUCCAUAUCUCAUCUCUUACACGGUGCUGCUGGAACUUGUCUGCAAACAUUGUGGGCUUUCUAGAGCUAUGGAAGUUUUAGAGGAUAUGUCACUUGAAGGUUGCCACCCAGAUGUAGUAUCUUAUAACUCUCUUUUAAAUGUGAUAUGCAAAGAGGGGAAAUUUGAGGAUGCAAUGAUUAUCAUGCAAGCUCUUUUACAAUAUGGCUUGGAGCCAAAUGCAAUCACAUAUAAUACCUUUCUUCAGUGUCUCUGCAGCCAAGGUAAAUGGGUCGAAGCACAUCACGUUCUAUCAGUAAUGAGGCAGGCUUCUUAUCCUCCAUCAGUUGUUACAUAUAAUAUCUUGAUCAACAGCUUGUGCAAACAUCAACUACUAGAUCAGGCCAUAGAUAUUCUGGACAAGAUGGUGUCUGAUGGUUGCUGUCCUGAUAUAAUCACAUACAAUACUCUUCUUGGAGCUAUGUGUAAGGAAAACAUGACAGAAGAGGCUUUAGAUCUGAUUCAUUAUAUGAGAGAAAAUGAUAUAUGUUUGGCUCUGAUCUCUUAUAACACAUUAAUUGAUGGAUUUUCAAGGAAUGGUGAGAUAAAGAAAGCGAUGUUGCUGUUUGAUGAAAUGAUUGGUGAUGGUAUCAAACCUGAUGACAUCACCUACGGAUCACUGGUCAUGGGGUUCUGCAAGAAAGAUAUGGUGAAGGAGGCAGUGCAGAUGUUGAAGGAGAUGUUCAGGAUUAAUUGUAGGAUAAGGGGAUCUACUUACACUGUUUUGAUACAAGCAUUAUGCAGGAAUAAAAGGGUGGAUUCUGCUAUUGAGGUCUUGGAUAUGAUGGUAUCUAGCUGUACUAAGCCGUGUAGAGCAAUUUAUGAAACUUUGGUUAAGGGCAUAGCUGAUUCUGAUUUGCAAAGUCUAAUCAAAUUUGACAUACAUAUGGACGUAGUGCUGAUAUGCAUGCACGGGAAUAUGUUCUUGCCAUCUACCUUAUGAGGACGCAAUGGAGAAAAAUGAUUCAUGUAGCCGAGCCCACUUUGUGGGAUAAAUGUUUGUUGUUAUUGUUGUUGGAAAAUAGGGCUGUCCCAUGUUUUGAUCAUCAAAUUUCUCUUUUCGAGGAUUAUUCAAAUAAACUCAGUGCAGUUUACUGCAAGUUUUUUAUGCUAUUGUGUGGAAAUCUCCAAGGCACUAUUCAUUUUGAAGUAAUUAAGUGGAAUGUGAAUGAAUUUACUUUGAUUUUGUAUUGGAGGAAACAAGUUUAUACGUUAUUGAUUGAAUAA